AUGGACGCACAACAAUUUCACACCCUUAUGAAUGGCUUGACUGCUGGUUUUCAAAAUCUUGGAAUUACUUUUGUUAGACAAAUUACUGGCAUGGGACCUCUUGAUCAAGUAAUGCAAUAUAUUGAAGGAUUGAAACCUUCCACACAUGCUAAAGUAACUUAUCAAGCUCCUAAUACCUUGGAACAUGCUAUUACUACUGCCAUACAAUAUGAUGCUGCUAUGUUGAACAACUAUUCUGCCUCAAACCGUCCUUCAUGA